UUUAACUGUAGGGUAGGAAAUAGUCGGCUAAGACUUCACAUUUUCAUUCACUUGCCUAUGCCGGUGGCUUAUUACAGCAUUGAAAACAUCUCCACCGGAUUAUGUUGAGAAAAUUAACUAAGUUAUCGACCUUAAAGGUCAGAUGUGAGCUGCGAUCCCUUUCUUCACUUACACAGACCUCCCAAAACAUAUUUGACCGAAAUGCCAAGCGAUUGCAAAAGGAGCGUGCUGCCCUCAGUGAAAAUGUUGGACUUUAUGAUUACCUAAAAGAAGAGGUGGGCUUUCGACUGGCGGACCGAGUAUUCGACAUUAAACGAGAGUUUAAGGCAGCCGCUGACAUUGGAUGCAGUCGUGGGUACCUUUCGAAACACAUCCUGGCGGAGAGCGUAGAGCAUCUGACGCUGACGGACUCCAGUGCCAGCAUGUUGGAGCAGGCCCAGGGCACUCCUGGCCUCAAAAUGCGGAAGUUAGUGAAGGAUGAAGAGACUUUAGAUUUUGAGGAGAACUCCCUGGACCUGGUAAUCUCCAGUCUGAGUCUACAUUGGGUAAAUGACCUGCCCGGCUGUUUUGCCAACAUUAAGCGCAGCCUAAAGCCUGAUGGAGUCUUCAUAGCUUCUAUGUUUGGAGGAGACACGCUGUACGAACUGCGCUGUUCCCUUCAACUGGCGGAGUUGGAGCGAAAAGGAGGAAUUUCCCCGCACAUCUCGCCCUUUACCCAGAUACGGGACAUAGGUUCCCUGCUCAACCGCGCUGGCUUCACAAUGCUAACCAUAGAUACGGACGAACUGGUUAUCGGUUACCCCAGCAUGUUCGAGUUAAUGUGGGAUCUCAAAGGAAUGGCCGAGAAUAAUGCCGCCUUCAACAGGCCAGUACAUCUUAGUCGGGAGACGAUGCUGGCGGCGAGUGCCAUAUACCAGGAGCUGUACGCAAAACCCAAUGAGAACGGUGUGCCCGCUACCUUUCAAAUAAUUUACUUUGUGGGCUGGAAACCGGGUCCCAAUCAACCACAACCCUUGGCCCGAGGAUCCGGAGAGGUGUCACUUAAGGAUCUUGGGAAUAUCAUCGAGAAGGGCGGCAAACUAGACACGAAGGCGGGGGACUAGUUUAGAUUGAGUUGACAGUUUUAUUUGAAACUUGCUUGAACAUAAAUUAAACUUAAAUAAACAUAAUUCCUUUUUCUGAGUAACUUAAA